UCUCAUAUGCCAAAUCAGCUCCGAGGGACAUUGUGAUUAAGCGGUUGAACUGAUCUCAUUGACAUUUUAGAUUAGCACUCUCUGCAGGGCUCCCCUGCCCCGUCUGAUGUCACUGAUACAGGAUUAAGAUAGCUCUGUAAGUGAGGAUGAUGAUGGUGAGCGAUGACUGUCUGGUGGAGUGUCGGAUCGAUGACAGCGAUGAAGAGGAUGAGGGAGAACAGAUAAACACUCCCCCUCCUCCUCCUGAGUUUGCAUCCAAAGCCUCCACUCCAUUGUCCAAACCCCCCACCCCUCCAACAGCCCCCGCCACACCCACACCCUACCCCACUCCUACCCCCAGCUUACUUGUCAACAGGGACCCUUACGGCAUCAACCAGCAUUUAAAGGUGGAGGUCAGUGACGUGCUGGCUGAGCCCGCCACGCCUCGCAGCAUAGACGAAGUGUGGUUUUACAGCAUUGUCGGCUUCGAGAAGGCUCGUAUCUGGUCAUACCGCUGCCUCUCACUGCUGUUUGCCGUGCCCUUCGCUCUCCUCUGUGGCAUUUUUCUGGCUGUUCUCGCCUGUCUACAUGUCUGGUUUGUAGUACCUUGUAUACAGCUGAGCAACACCUUCCUUCCAUGCCUGAGGUCAUUGUGUAUAUGUGCUGUCAAUGAAUUCAUCUCUCCCCUGUGUUCGUCUUUGGCUCUCUGCUGCAGCCAAAUCGCCAUUUCACUGUCUAACAAGGACUGGCAUCAAAUGAAGGAGAAAGAGACUGUAUGAAUGUGAGACAUGAGUGAGUGAGUGAGUGAGUGAGUGAGUGAGUGAGUGAGUGAGUGAGUGAGUGAGUGAGUGAGUGAGUGAGUGAGUGAGUGAGUGAUGAGACGAGUGGCUAUUUGAUAUGUUUUCUAUAUGUAAAGCUAAUUCAUAAAAAAUGUAUUAUUAUUAUAAUUGUUUACACUGAUUUCAGAUGCAUGUCUGAGGAAACUGUACUAA